AUGCAUAGUCCCCAAAUGAAACCCACAACAAGGGUGCAAACCUCAUCAUUUCAAGGUAAAAAGCCUUCCAAAAAGACCCUUACAAUUGCUCCUGAAAUGGAUGCCUCUCUACACAUUCUUUUAGCAAAAAGUCCAGUUACAUCAUCUACACACAAAAGCCCUUCAAAGUGAGCUGAAAGCAAUGAAGAUCUCAAUGAAAUGUGCCGUAGGCUACUAGAAGAGCAGCAGAAAUUAAAGCAACAGCUCAAAGACCAAGAAAUAUUGAUCCAUAAGCUGAGAGGAGAGUCCCGAAGCCAAUUAUCCAGAUAUAAAGAGCCUUUAAAAAUGUUCCAAGAAGCUGUCAGCAAUUUAGAAAAAGACAGAAAAGUCAAAGAGCUGCUUUUACGACGAUCAGAAACCCCCACUUCAAUAAGUUCUGUCUCCAACAAAUUUAAGCUGCCUGAGGUAAAACUAAGGUCAGAGCGAUGUGUUUCUUUAAAUGUCAGAAACAUGUCACCUGGAAAUGAAGAAAAUUUUACAUUCAGACCUGGGAAUAGCAGCGCUAAAUCGCCAUCAAGGCAUAUUCGGUUUCCUUAUGAUGUGUUUAGCAAGAGGAUAAAGAGGAAAAGAUACCUCUCAAACCAAAUUGAAUAA